CUCGCUGAGAAGCUUCCUCCAGCCGUGCUGCCCUACCAGCGCGAGGGCUUUGCAAUUGCUCUCCAGCGCGGCGGCCGUGUUUUGUUCGGGGAUGAGAUGGGGCUUGGGAAGUCGCUGCAGGCGUUGAUGACGAUCGACUACUACGCCGAGGAUUUGCCCUGCUUGAUUGUUUGCCCGAGCAGUUUGCGCUUUGGCUGGCGGGACCAGGUGCAAAAGUGGCUCGGGGACGCUGACGGCACGGGGACGAUCAAACGGCUUGUCGCGAAAGAUCUUCGGGAAAAUCAUAGGUCGAACAUGAUGCAGCAGAAGGAACCGCCCCUCAUCCUGAACGAAGACAUUUUGGCCGAGGAUGCGAAGGC